AUGGAAGUCCUCUUCGAAUCGGAGAGGAGUGGCAACGAAUCUCUGUGCGCUCAACCAAAGCAGUCUGGCGACUGUACAUCGACAAUUCGACGAUACUGGUACAAUGCGGUCACUAGACAGUGUGAAGUGUUUCACUAUACAGGAUGUCAUGGGAAUGACAACAACUUCCAGUCUCUUGUUGCCUGUCAGCAGCAAUGCAAAGGAAUCACAGUUCAUCGAAAUAGCGAUAGGCCUGAUGUGAAAAGAAAAAAACAUCUCACAACUUCUAAAAAUAAUCGUGUUAUAGCAGAACCAAAGUGCCCACAAGGACGUGCUUAUCGGGACCAGCACGGGAAAUUCUUGCGGUGUUCGGCUCAGACGAGAUGUCCUGCGAACUUUGUCUGCUCAUAUGACGGUGUCGCGCACGGUUGUUGUCCCACAAAAGCAUUCACAUGUUCUCUGGCUGCUGACAAAGGAGUGAAAUGUGGCCUGGGAAGAACAUAUCGGUACUUUUUCAAUGCAGCCAAGCAGUCCUGCGAGACUUUCCAAUACGAAGGGUGCGAUGGAAACAGCAACAACUUCCUCAGUGCCCAGCACUGUGAGCAGUACUGUGGAGUAGGAGGUUCGUACUCUUCAGAGCACUUUUCUCUUGAAAUCCUCGCAGAUCGUCCAAACGCGGCUAUUCCUCCCCUCCAAGAAGCAGAAAUCGAUUCGGUACCAUUGGUUUGCACAGGAUCGAAAGACUGUCCAUCCACUCACGAGUGCAUCGCAGUUCCAUCAAAAGGCAAUGUAGCCUAUCGGUGUUGUCCAACCAAAGGAUGCGAGCUUGGAGAGAUUGUGUUGAAAGAUCCGGGAACAUUGCAGCCUCUUCGCUGCAAUAGCGAUCUCAGAAACAGUUGUCCUGCUAAUUACCGGUGCCGAUUUAGUAGCCUGCUAACAUACUCUGUAUGUUGCGGUUCUUCUGCUAACGGUUUUUGUCCUGCAGACGAACGUCCAUAUAUGGUAUCCGUUGACGAGACCGUUAAGGAGUGCUCAAUGAAUAUUCCCGGCAGUUGCCCUACGCAAUUCCUUUGUCGGUUCAAUCUCCAAAGGAACAAAUACUAUUGUUGUGCUCCUAAUCCGGAGAGUGAGUUCACUCAUCUCAGGGCUAUUUAA